AAGGAAAAGCGAAAAAAAAAAAAGAAGUUCGUAAAUUAAAAAAAAAAUUAAGGGGAGAGAAAAAGAAAUCAAAAGAUUCGGAGGGUUCGUUGGCGAAGAUUGGUUUCGCUCAACGAACGAUUCAACGGCAUAAUUUGCCGGAAAACAAAAUCACCACAAUGCUUCUUUCUCUUUUCCUUCUCUGAGAUCUGAUCUUUCUUUCUCAAUUACCUCAAUUUUCUCCAUUUUCAAUGGCGUAUUGAAGAAGAAGAAAAAAGAAAGAGGAAUCACAAGAAGAAGAAGAAGUGUUCUUGGCAUUGGCGGAGGGGUUGUGUUUUGAUUGGGAGGUCGGUCCUCAGGUGAAAGAUCUGAGGUUUUUUUUCCCUUUAUUUAUUGUUUUUGAAAAAAUCAGCAAUCAAUAAAUAAACAAAAUUAAAAAGAAAUGAGCGCUUCGAGGUUUAUCAAGUGCGUGACGGUCGGUGAUGGUGCUGUUGGUAAAACUUGCCUCUUGAUUUCUUACACCAGCAACACAUUCCCGACGGAUUAUGUGCCAACUGUUUUUGACAAUUUCAGCGCAAAUGUGGUCGUCAAUGGGAGCACUGUUAACCUGGGUUUGUGGGAUACUGCUGGCCAAGAGGAUUACAAUAGAUUAAGACCUCUAAGUUACCGUGGAGCUGAUGUCUUCAUACUGGCAUUUUCUCUCAUUAGCAAGGCCAGUUAUGAAAAUGUUUCUAAGAAGUGGAUUCCGGAGUUGAAACAUUAUGCACCAGGGGUCCCAAUUGUUCUCGUUGGAACAAAGCUUGAUCUUCGGGAUGAUAAGCAGUUUUUCAUAGACCACCCUGGUGCUGUACCCAUUACUGCAGCUCAGGGGGAGGAACUGAGGAAGCUGAUUGGUGCACCUGCUUAUAUUGAAUGCAGUUCGAAAACACAGCAGAAUGUGAAGGGAGUUUUCGAUGCAGCAAUCAGAGUUGUCCUUCAGCCACCUAAGCAGAAGAAAAAGAAGAAUAAAGGACAAAAGGGGUGUUCCAUAUUGUGAUUGAAAUGAGGAAGUUAAUGGCCUCUUUGCUAACAUAUUCCCCUUUUUCUGUUCUCAUUGCUCUUAAAGAAGCUCAAUUAUUCUCCCAACAGAGUAAUUAGGAUCUCUGUGAAGCAUCAGGUGGUUUGGUAUUGCUUUCUUGGAUUAUUGUGGAUGUCUAAUUGUUGAAUUUGGUUAUGUAAUUGCCCACCUCCUUCUCUUACGUCCCGGUUUUGAUAUGUUUUAUGUAUUAAUAGACUGGAAUAUCCCAGUUAGGAAAACAACCUUGCCUCACAUGGAUUCUAUCUAUUCGUUUCAUUUGAA